UCUCAGCCAUGUCAUUUUCCUCAUUCCAGCCACUCAUUUUUGGUAUAUAAGGGCCGCCAGCAGCGGGGCUGCCACAGGGAAGGAGGACAGCUCUGGAGACCUUUCUUAGUGACCAAGAGCUAGCGAAGGUACCAGAGCCAAGAUGGUGAAGGUCUGGGCCGUUGCCCUCUUGUGCGGCCUGCUGGCCCCCUCUCACGCCCAGAAUGCGACUGUCCAGGUGUCUUCCAGUGUGAGCGCAGCGGCACUAGGAAGCGCGGUAGUCGACUUGCUCCAAGACGGUGACGUUAUCCAGCGCGUGCUGGAAACCGUGUCAGGCGGGCUCCAGAACCUGGGAAACGUGGGCGCUGGCCUGGCAGGGCUGGACAUUAAGAACCUCACCCUCCCCAAAGUGUCGCUGCAGCUGCUGCCGGGCGUGGGCGUCCAGCUGAACGUGGAAUCGAACCUGGGAACCUCUGGAGCCUCGUUCCUGAGCUUCGACCACACGAGUGGAAAACCAGCUGCUGAUUGGCUAAGGCUCCUCCUCGGCCGAAUUCUCAGUCUCCAGGUGGAAGGGAACAUUUCUGCCAAGGCCAGACUGGUUCAGGAUGAUACGGGCGCCCCCAAGUUCGUCGUGGAGGACUGCAAGACGCAGCUCGUCAACGUUCGCAUCCUCCUCAACGCGCUCCGACUGCACCCCGCCAUGCUGAACAACGCCAUCAAAAGGGUCCUGCCUCGCCUGCUGUGCCCUGUCACCGACACCGUGCUCAACGCCGUGAACUCUCUGCUGCGCACCGUGAACUCGGAGGCCCCACUGGGCGCGGUAGGAAAUCUCCAGUACGUCUUAUCCAAGGUCCCCGUGGUCAGCAAGGCGGCGAUCGGCCUGGAUUUAAAUGCGGUAGUGAAGGAUUUGCUGGGCAACCCAGUGGAGGACCCCGCGUGCUCAGCAGCGAGCGUGUCUCUGCCGCCAGUGGUGGGCGCCGCCGGCCAGCUUGGCCUCUCGGUCUGUCUGCUCGGGUCGGUGCUCAACCUGCUGCAGGUGCCCGGGAAGCUCGACGCCGCCGUCGACGGCCAGCUGCUUGCAGCCGACAGCCCCCUGACCACCUCUGCCCUCAGCGCGCUCAUUCCGGAGGUUUCGGGCCUGCUGUCCGGGUCACAGCAGCCUUUGCUGAAGGUCAGAGUUCUGGACACGCCACAGGUGUCGGUAGAAAAUGGGAAAGUCAUGGUGCACCUCCCCGCGUCCGUCGAGGUCUUCCCCUCCAAUUCGUCCCAGCAGUCGCUCUUUGUCCUGAACACUGAUGUUGUUCUGAGUGCCCAGCCGACUGUUUCAGACAACACCCUCCACCUCUCCCUGGCUCUGGAAAGAGUUAACCUUACGCUGGCGUCUUCGCUAAUUGGGGAUUUCAAUGCUCCCCUUCUUGAACCAUUAAUCAGUGACAUCCUCCGUGCUGUGUACGUGCCACACAUCAAUGCUGCAUUGGAGAUGGGGAUUCCUUUGCCUGAUCUUCUCAACCUGAAGUGGGAGAAUGGUCUCGUUGGGACCACUCAGAAUUCACUCGUGGUUAAGGCGCAGGCCUAAAGCCUCCUGCGAUAGGCGAGCGUUUGGGACCGCCCGCCCCUGUGUCGGGAGGAAGGGGAGAAUUCACGACCGAAGACGCCGGCCCUUUCUUACUUUUGCUCUCUGUGACUUUUUGAGUCAAGGCUCUGGCGGUAGACCCAAAACGUGCUGCUUCUGAUCACUGAAUCCAGUUGUAGGAGAGACUCCGCUGGAUUGAAAUUACUGCUCAAGUGGUUGCAAAGAGUUGGGAUUUUCUAAGCGUCAAGCGUGUUUGGAGCCGAGAGCCCUGCACGGUGCGCGCGGGUGCUUUCUGCGUUUCUUGUGCCGCUGUCAAUAAACACUUUCGUUGCCUCAGCA